CCAAGUUCUAGCAGAAUGAGCAUUUUUGAAAUUACGUUCGCAUAGUUGUAUGAAUGGAGAUUCAUUGCAAUUUCCAUCUCUGCAUUGGCUUAGAUUCGGCAAUUGGCAAGGUUGCGUAGAUACGCUCCGUCCAAUGCACGUGUUGUAGCACGGCAGUAGAAGCUGACUGGAACUAACUUGCCUGCCCACUCGUCGAUCUAGCAACUGUAGGCGUGAACACACCAAAAAGCUGUUAGUCGGAACUGAACUCGAAGGAUGCAAUCACCAUCGGAGUCUGCCCCGGACUCUCAGCCGGGCGGCGGACGAGGCGUCAGCCAGAACCUACGAAGCCUGUUCACACAUCUUGUUGGGUUUAGUGUGGCAGUCCUGCUGUUGCAGCAAGUCCAUUUAGCCACACGAUCUAGCAAUAGCUACAAGUUCAGGCCAGAUAAUUUGAACGCCCUGCAAGCAGCCAGCGACGCAACCAGUGCCAGCAGUUCAGCACAGAACACCAAGAGCAAGAAAGAUGUAAGGCUGUCAGCGCAGCUAUUUCGCCUUGCCGCACUUGGACUUGCAGCAGCACUGCCAGACAGGGAAAGGCAAAAGCGGGUGCAAGACACCGAGCAGGGUGAAGAGCUUUUCUCUGACGUCGAAGAGGAAGCUGAAGAUAACAGCUCUGUGCCACUGUUUCGUAUCCAGAGCCUGCUCUUCGGCCGAGAGAAUAUGCAACCUGGCCCGGACACGGGCGUGUGCUACAGAAACAUGGAAAUAGCAUGGAAGCCCGGUGAGAGUAGAUCCAAGGACGUCACAUGGGCGUGGCCUAGCGUGACGAUCCGCGAUCGUCGCUGCGGCACAGGACCACGCUUGCGGCUUUGCUGCCGACCGAGAAAGCAGAUCUUGAUCUUGAUGUGGAACAAGGUAUUCCGGAGCACAUUCCUGCCGCAGAGGGACAAACCUUACCCGUUUCUCUGCUGCGAUGGAGUUCAGCUCAGCUACACGACCAAACGAUCGUACCAGUUCACUGCCGACGUCAUAGAGUAUCACAUGGAGGAUUCGUACGCCAUCGAUCCGACGCGACAUACAGCCAAAGACAAGAUCAGCAUGCUGUUUGUGAUGGAAGCACAGCGGGAGUGGACGAGGCUCCGUCGCCCCUUCAACCUGCUGCGCAGCUUCAUCAACACAGCUGAUAUCUACCAGCCAUACUUCGCCGGUGGCGGCUCGUGUUUGUGUAACCAGACCCUGCGUGCAUUGCCAGUUCCGUUCAAGCUCAAGCUGAAAACCGCACCGAUGCUGGCUUUGGUUACAAACUGCAGAUCGCACAGCGGGCGAGAAGGUCUGCUCCAGUCCCUGAUAGCCGCCAUACCCACGCAUAGCUACGGACAUUGUUUCCAUAACAAACAUGGCGUCGUGAACGACAGCGUCGCCUUGGCGACUCACUACAAGUUUACGGUGGCAGCGGAGAACAGCAUUUGCGAUGAGUACAUCACGGAGAAGUUCUUUCGCCUGUUCAAAGCCGGUUCGGUGCCGGUAGUUGUCUCCGUCAACGGAAAACCCGGUUACGAGGCAUUGUCACCCACGCCACAUUCUUAUCUGGACGUUGCCAGGUUUGACUCUGCGGACGAUGCAGCUAACGAGAUCCUAAUGGCUUCGGCCAGUGUGAGCCAGUAUAUGAAGUAUCACACUUAUCGGCCCAGAGCGACAGCAUCAUCUGCAGGUGCGGCCCCUGUUGUCUCUACAGCAUACAUGGAGAGGGUGUGUAGUGAGAAGGAGGGAUACGACACAAGCUGGUGCUUUCUGGCCAAGCAGAUGUCCACCGAGGGAGGCCGUCAAACACUGGCGUCCACGUGGAGAACGGAUAUUCGCCCAGCCAGACACUGCAUACCAAAGGGAAGUCUCAUGAAGCGCUAUCCAGUACCAAACACGUCCCCUAAACCAGGCAUGUAGCCCGCAUGGGGCACGAGAACCCCCUACAAAUUUCGACCUCGGUUCCUUAUGAUAAUUAUUAUUAUAGGCGUUUCCGCGUUGGCAUCGGCAAGCAAGCUUGGCUAGCCUUCGCAUAAGCUGCUCCAUGAUGAUGAGCCGAAACAAUUAAUGCAUUGAUAUACGAUCUAGGACAGAACCAAGGUUGAUGAUGUUUUGAAUAAAGCUGCAUGUUGUGUUGAGGAACAAAAAGUCGCAAACUCUACGAAAGUAAACUGCAAGAAAUGUUUGGAUGGUAAUGAAAAGAAUAAUACUAGAACAGUACAGGGCAGCAAUAUAGUGCUAGCCCUUUCCGCUUCUGUCUCAAUUGAGCUCUGCUACAUGUGACGACUGAUUGUCCACGUGAAAAAU